AUAUCACAUCAUUGUUGUCGUCGUAGUCGCUGUGAGCUCACACUGGGGGUAGAGUUAAACUCAAACAUCACGAAUUAAUUUAUUAUAUAACUAAAAACAAUGUCAUACAUAAUAUCAUCCAUCAGCAAAUUUAUCAGCGGCAUUUAGAGCAAUAAAAUACCCAGCGAACACAUAAAAAAUAAAUGUGAGGACUAAAUAUAUAGAUAUCAAUCCACAAAUAGUUUAUUUAAGAGCUUGAGAAUUAAAAAUGGCGUACAAUUUUCCUGGGAUACCAUCAGCAGGAAUUCCUCCAAUCGGAAUGGGGCCAAUGGGUCUGGGAUUAGCAGCAGGACAUCAAGGAUUUAUGGAACUUGGCCAGGGUUUUCCAGCUCUGCCACCACCGUUACCACCUCUGCCAGGUAUGAAUGAUUCUCCACUUGAAUUCAGCACCAAGAAGAACCAGCCGCCUCCGAUCCGCGAAAGUACUGAGGAGUCGACCGACCGGAGAACUGACACCAGCAAAAAUGAACCCAGACGUGGAAUAAAUGGCAGUGACAAUAGAGAUGUCAGGGAUAGUCGUGACAAUGGCAGGAGGUCGAGGAAUGAUAGAGUUGAUCGUCGUGAUCGUGACAGAGACCGGGACAGGCGGGAUGAGAGGAGUGACAGAGACAGGAGGGAGGAAAGAAGACUCGAGGAAAGAUCUAGUUCCGCAGGAAAUACUCAAGUGCAAUCAACUAACACGCCAGUGACAACGAGUUCGAGUAUUCAGACCCAGAUUGAAACGGUUGCUACCAGUCCAAGUGUUUGGAGUAUGGGCGUAGGCUACCAGAUGAUGGGAAUGGCUCCCAUAGGCCCUCCAAUGAGUGCGAUGCUCAGUGAAAUGACUCUGGGACCUCAUAUGAGCCACACGCAUCAUCACCAUGGCUACGGACCGAUGGGUCUAGGGUUGAUGCCUCAUCCUCACGAGGGUGCGAUGCUGAGUGCUCAGAUGCUGGGAACUGAGCAGAUUAUGAACGAUACUGCGCAGCAGAUGAUGAAUGCUGCUGCUGCAGCCGCUGCCGCUAGUCUUCAAGCUCCUACUCCAGCUCCUAGUCAUCAAAAUACAAACAACAAUUCCGGCAGCACCACCAGCAAUCCAGUUACCAAAGAAAUAAUUCACUGCAAGAGUUGUACCCUCUUUCCACCGAACCCCAACACUCCAGAGCGAACUACCCGUGAAAAACCUCCAGGAUGUCGCACAGUUUUCGUUGGUGGUCUGCCUGAAAAUAUAACCGACGGUAUUAUUCAAGAAAUUUUUGAACGCUGUGGAGAAAUAACGACUCUCAGGUUGUCCAAGAAAAAUUUUUGCCACAUCAGAUUCGCCAGUGAGAAUAGUAUAGAUGCUGCCAUUUACUUGUCGGGUUACCGCAUCAGAAUUGGAUCCAAUGUUGAUUCGGCAAAUACGGGAAGACUGUAUGUGGACUUUGCUCAUAUUUAUGCGAGGGAUGAUCAGUAUGAGUGGGAGUGCAAGCAAAGGCAGUUGCAAAGGGAGCAGAGACAUCGGGAGAGGGUCGAAAAGGAACGACAAAGACAACCUUCUAGUCCACCACCAGUUGUUCAUUAUACUGAUUAUGAAGCUUCGAAUAUUUGCGAGAAAAUAAAACAAGACGACACUUUUAUGAAAGCUGUACAGAUCGUCGUAACAUGGCUCGAACGCGGGGACUGCACGAAAAGAAAUUCAAAUACAUUUUACUCAAUGAUCCAGUCAACGAAUUCCCACGUGAGAAGACUGCUGAGUGAAAAGUCAUCCUACGAAGAAGAGUUACAGCGGGCCAAAGAGCUGAUGAAAGGCAGAAUGCAAGGAUUACUUAUACAAUUCAGUCAGAUAGAACGUGUGUUCACCGCUGCAAGCCAUAAGAAAGUAUGGGAUCACUUCACCAAGGCCCAGCGCAAGAACAUCGAGAUGUGGAAGAAACAGUCAUCGUUUUUUUAUUUAAAUGAACAGGAGAUCAAAGCUGUCCAGUUGGAAGAAGCCGUCGUCACGGGAGUCGGCGAGGGAGAGAUGGAAGUGUCAGAUUCGGAGGAAGAGCCGCAAAGAAAAAAAGUCAGGGUCCAGGUGGGAAGUGAAACUGAGGGAGAUGAAAGAGUUCACGCGAUACUGAAAGAAGAGUCUGAGAGUCUCAGGUGCCAGCUGGAGGCUUACAAAAAUGAGGUUGAUUUAUUGAAGUCAGAGAAUAAAAUUGAAAUAGACGCCAAAGAUAAACAAAUAAAAAUGUUGCAACAAACAUUGAAAGGUAUGCAGGAGCAGUUACUGCAGUCGCAGAAGCAACAGAUCCAAGAUGACCAAAAAAUAAAGGAUUUGACAGUUAAAUUAAGCGCCUCUGGGGGAGAUAUUAAUUCACCGAUUGAAAAUGAAGUGAUAACUCUGGAUAAAGAUGAUGAUUCAGUGGUAGUGAGUGAGGAACCCCGGACUCCGAGACCACUUGUCGCAGCUAUACCUGGUUGUGUUCAAAUAACUCAAAAAGACGCUAAAUUAAUUGGAUUGAUGGCGACAUUUCUUCAUAUUCAUCCAUUUGGAGCCAGUGUUGAUUACGUCUGGUCGUAUUUACAAAAAAUGGAGCCAGGCAUCAGGCCGAGCGAAGUCGAGGCUCUGAUGCAACGUUUUCCUCAGGUAUUCAAACAAGAGCUACUAGGAAUUGGAGCCAACAUGGAACGCCGUUGGCAGUUCUCUGGAUUCAAUCUGCAGCCAUCGAGAUCUGCGAUCCAUUGACGACAACGACAACAUGUAGAAAUAUUUAUUGAUACCAGUGAUAAUUCGAUGGAUUCAAAUGAAAUCCAAUUGAGUAAAAAGUCAUAAAAUAAGUUUAAGAAAAAACUUAUAAGUAAAAUUGUGAUGUAGUAAAAUUUUUUAAUGCUAAAUAAUGCUGAUUAGACGAAUUGCCGUUUGCCAUAAUAGAUUUUUAAGUAAAAGUUAAAUAAUUAAAUUUUGAUGCGCAAUUUUUUGGCUUUUAUAAAUUGUUCAUACUAUUGUAUCGAUUUAUUAUUGUAUAUUAAUUAUUUAUUAUUUUAUUUUACUUUCAACAUAUCAAUUUAUUAAAUUAUUAGAUCGACACAGAAAACAAGAAAGUAAAUAAUUAUUAUUUAAUUGGUUAAUAAAUUAAUGGUAUUAAUUUAAUUAAAAACUGUGUAUAGGUUUCGGUAUCCUUUUAUUUAAACAUGAGAUGAUAAAUUAUUUAUUUAUCAUCAAUUAAAGUUGACAUUUUUUCAAUCAUAAUUAAUUACAAAGAUAUCGAUUUGUAAAAAAAAGUUUUUUUAUGUUUAUAUUCAAGUGCGUUUACUCUUAGUCACUUCUUUGACUUGGAGACCUGCAAAAAAAUUACAAAUGUAUCAAGUUAUGUUUUUUUAUUUAUUACAUAUAUGUCCUUAGUAGAAAACUUCUUUCUAAUUUUUUAAAUUUCGCGGUAUCGGUUCCCUUAAAUUUUUUGUGAUGGAGAUAAAAAUUACAAACAAACGCGUCGCAGGCUCAGACAAUGGACCUGUUUGGCCGAACUGUCCUUAGUAAACUUAGCAAGUUACUCAGUGUAAAAAAAAUAAACUGCGCGACUGAGUGCAGCGCGUUUCUGCCUGGACACAAUUGCUGACUUUUGCUAGUCGUAUUGCCAUCAUCGUAUUUGUUUACCUUCAGAACAACUUUAUAAUUUUAAAAUAUUUUUUAUAGCUCGUAUCAGUGAGAUAUAAAUUAAAAAAAAAACUCAUAUUGAGCAGUUAUAAAACUUUGAUCCUCCUCUGAGGAAUUAUUUUAUUUCACAUAAAAAAAAAAUAAAUAAAUAAAUAAAAUCUUUUAGUUCAAGCUUCUGUUUGUUUACAAUUUACAAAUGAAUUUUGCAACGCGAUACUAAAUAAAAUUACGUCACAAUAAAAGUUGCUUAGUAUCUGGCAAGUGUUUGGCCGAAAACUUAAGUACUUUUAGUAACAUUAAGUUUACUAAGGACCUAGUUCGGCCCAACUGGCCCAAUAUGUGCUGCGAUUGCUGAUAAAAAAUGUAAAAGUCAUUUGUCAAAACUGUCAAUCUAGGUUUUCUACUCAGGACGUCAUUGAUAUAUUUAAGAGAAAAACCUGGACAAAGUUUUCUUACAUUAAUUGUGUACGUGAGGUAAGAGACCCAGUGCCCGACCAGGGAACUAGUACCCGGUCACUCACGUCUUUGAAUUCUAUAUUUACUAAAUUUUACUAAAUAUAUCUAUACAAAUACAUGAAGCAAUCGAGUACUGGUUCCCUGAUCAAGUACUAGGUCUUACUCCACAAUAAGGACAGUACCGGUCUUAAUUUGAGGCAAAAAUAAUAGUAGGUUUUCUACUCAGGACAUCAGUAUUUUAAUGUAGCGCCUAAAUUACCUGGUGGAAGAGACUGCUUUAGUUUCUCCGCCUUUUCUUUGUCAGUGAUGACUAACGUAUACAAGAAUCGCGAACAGCGAACCUUGAAUUUAACAUUCUCAGCAUUCUUCUUUAUUUUAACAGCUGUAAUUAUUAAUUUACGUUAUCAAUCAUCAUCAAUAUUAAUUACAAACAUCAAUAAUCAAUUAUAAUUAAAUAUUUACAUUUAGCGUCCUUCCUUCUCGCUUUAAGGAGGAAGUCCUUGAUUUCAUUGAUUUCUCGCGGCUGUAAUAAAAAAUAAAAACCAAUUAAAUUAAAGUAAAAAAAAACUCUAACAGUCGAUAAAUAUCAAUAAAAAUAAAAUUUAAAAUUAAUUAAAAAUAAAUUAUUGAACUCACCAUGUUGAGUUUCUAGGUUAUAACCUCGAAAAUCUGUAAAUUAAAUCACAAUCAUCAAUAAAUCAUCAAGAU